AUGGUGAUAAUACACAUGGUGAUAGUGAACAACACUAUCACAGUGCCCUUCACACAGGCUUUUCUGACAUCACUCAAAGCCAGAAAAAGAUGUACAGGUCAAGGUCUUCAGAUACUGUCUCAUAUCACAGAACACGCUGACCACUAUACUAAGAAGCUUCAAGUGGUAACUCUGUAUGCAGCAGGAAAAUAUUACAACCAAUACGGGAAAGUAUUCUCCUUUAAAAAUUUUCUCUUACCCAGUAAAUCCACACCACAGAGAGUCCAUGAGGAGCUGCCCCUUAAACACAGGCGGAUUACCACAGCAAAGAAGCUGGACAUGACUUCAGACACUAGAACCACACACUUCAAAAUCAAAUUUAAAAGGAAAAAUUAUACAAACUAA